GAAAAGUUAAAGCAAAAAAAUGGCUUCCUUGUCUUUGGAGCCCACAGAACAAUCCGACAAUAGCGCGGAGGAGCCGACGGCCUCGGAGUCCGCGGGGGAGGAAAAAUACGCGGAUCAAGUGACGGAGCAACUCUUCGAAAGUUUCCAGAAGUCGGCGGUGAGUUUUUCCACGGACCAGGUCUCAUGUCUGUGCGAGGCCCUCCUGCAGGCGGGCAAUGUGGAUCGACUGUGGAGAUUCCUCUCCACCGUCCAUCCCUCGUCCGAGCUGCUACGUGGCAACGAGACGCUGCUCAAGGCCCAGGCUCUGGUGGCCUUCCACCGGGAACAAUUCAAGGAGCUCUACAGCCUCCUGGAGAGCCACGACUUCCACCCCUCCAACCACGUCUUCCUGCAGGACCUGUACCUCAAAGCCCGCUACAAGGAGGCGGAGAGGUCCCGGGGCCGCAGCCUGGGCGCCGUGGACAAGUACCGACUCAGGAAAAAGUUCCCCCUGCCCAAAACCAUAUGGGACGGGGAGGAGACGGUGUACUGUUUUAAGGAGAAGUCCCGCAACGCCUUGAAGGAAUGUUACAAGAGCAACAGGUACCCGACCCCGGACGAGAAGAAGAACUUGGCCAAAGUGACCGGACUGUCCCUCACGCAGGUCAGCAACUGGUUCAAGAACAGGAGGCAGAGGGACAGAACCCCGCCUGGGACACACUGCAAGAGCGAAUCCGACGGAAACCACAGCAGUGACGACGAGGCCAUGGACGACACCCCUGACAAAGCAGAAGAGCACGCUGCCGCCAAGGCCUCCAUUAUCUCGCUAUCUGCGGUGAACUGUGCCCCGGGAGGUCAACUCAUCCUCAACGGUUCCAGCGGCUUCCUCACAGCCUCCCAACCGUUACUGUUCAACGGAAACUCCCUCAUCUCUGGGACCGGUGCCGGGGUCAUCAUCAAUGGCCUCGGCCUGGGGGAAAGCCAGAAGGUCACCUUGGGUCAGGUGACCAAUCCUCCUUUGAUACUCAACGGCGCUCAGGUUCUUGUCAAACCGGACUCUCCGCCACGAGUUUCCUUGGAACAACCGGUUUCCCCCCUGGAGGCAAAGUCAAACUGUCUUCCGUCAGUGGUCUUCAGCACUAACAGUCAGACGUCCGUCAUUUCUUUUCCUGCGCAAGCCAAGAGCAAAAGUAGCAACACUUUGGAUUUCAUCAGCGGGCCGGAGGACAACUUAAAACUAGAAAACAGCCAGAAAAUGUCUUGCUCGUCUUUGUCCUUGUCUCCGUCCUCACAGAGUCUGUCGCCAACAAGCAGCCUCCCUUCUCUGGUUUUAACACAAAGCCCUCCGUGCCAGGAGAGCCAGUCCUCAUCAGCAGCUCUGACCAUCCCAGGUCAACACGGAGAAUAUGUGGUCUUUGCCAGCGCUGCCUCUCAAAUAAACCCAACAAGUACGCUGGUUACCUCCAACCAAUCCCCUCAGGUCCUCUCCUUGCCACAGGUGGUGCCUUCCAUCCAAGGUGUACCAGUUUCCCAGCUGGCACACGUGUCCCAAUGUCCCCAGCUGGUUCCAGUGUCCUCGCUCACGCCACAGAGCGCCAACUUCCAUAUGAGCGGACACCAGGAGGCAGUUGAAGGUUCCACGGCCAUCAUGUCCAUCUCCCAGCUUCCCGGUAAUCCUCUCCCACAAACCAUCAACCCCUUGCCCGCAAAACUCCAAGCACCGCAGGUCAUUUCCAUCUCCUCGCCAACACAAGUGGUUCCAGUACCGCAGGCCAAAGUCUCCACAGCGGCGCAGUUAGUCCCGCUCUCCAUGCCUCAGUUGGUGCCGGUCUCGUCCAUCCAGACCUCCUCCACUAUCUCCUUCCCCCAGGUGGUGCCGGCGAGUCCCGCUCUCUCCGUCCCCUCAGCCGGAAUGCCUUUACAGAUCCUGGCGUCGGCGUCGGCACCAGGUGGGAUCAAUCAAGGCCCCUUUAGGAUAAACCAACUGAGGCCCAUUCAGAAUGUGGGCCCUGCAACCAGUGUGGCCUCCGGAUUGCAGCUUCUCAACUCUGGAAUCAUUCAGCUACCUUCUGCAUCUCAAGGUAACCUCCUCCUGGGUGGAAGCCCCUACUUGAGCGUCCAGCAAGGGAAACUCAUCUUAACCAUCCCGGCCGGCUUCCAACUCACCAGCCUGCCUCUAAAACCAGUUCCUGAUGUUUCCACCAAUGGCGUGAGUCCUGCUCUCACACUUCCUGUCGCCCCCCAACCGGAGCAGCCCACCAGCGUCCUCACAACACCCCCCAUGAACUUCAUCAACACGUACGCAGCGGAGAGCGGGGGCGCGACCAACCAGGCGACCGAGCUUCCUCAACCCAACACGCUGGUGGACCAGUCGGUGGCGCCCACCAUGUUGAACGCGCUCUCGCCGGAGAGCAUGCUCACCCUCAGUCCCAUGUAUGGCGGCCUGACACCCAACAUGCACCUGCCCCAGUCGGCCUGGAACCCCCUGCCCCUUUCUGCCUCAGCGACUCUGUUUGACGGGCGGGGGAAAGGACACCUACCUGUAGACCCGGCUUUACUGGGCCUCCCGGGGGGCGAGUCGCUGCUUUUGGGGAGCCCCUCGCCAGAGCAGGACGCCCACUCGCCGCUGGGGCAUCCUGACGAUAUGGACGGAGACUCCAAGAUCCUGACUCAGCUUCAGUCGGUCCCCGUAGAUGACGAGCUGGGCUUGUAG